AUGUGGGCGAAUGUCAACGCCCAGUCCGUGCACCAGCAGAACGCCGUAUCGCUGAUGCAGGUUGACAUGCUGCAGCUCGGCGUGCUGCAGACGCAGAUGGACAACCUCUCCGUGCAGGCGACGCUGCUGAUUGGCUUUGCCCUCAGCAUGUGGGGCGGUGCGACGCUCAAGCCGCUGCUGGAGGACGACUCCCAGAUCUGCAUCUGGAAGACGUGGUAUCACCUCGCCUUCGCCGCCGUCUUCUUUGUCACCAUCGCGCUCUGCAUCUCUUGCGGCGGCAUCAUCGUCUCGCUCGUCCUCUACAUCAAGCAAGCGGCACAGGAGUCAGCGUUGCUUGUGAGCACUGGCGCGGCGGUGGCCAACACGCGCCGCCAUCUCUCCUCCCUCAACCGCCUAUUCGUCGUCUCGUACGCCUCCUUUGCCCUCUCCGCGGCGCUCGAGAGGGCGCACAUGAACGACCACACAUGGGGCACCGAGCCCUAG